AUGGAUAGAAGGUGUUUUGCCAUUUUAUGUCAUUUACUAAGGACGACUGCUAGAUUAGUCAGAACAGAAGUUAUAGAUGUAGAGGAGAUGGUUGCCAUGUUCCUGCAUAUAUUAGCUCAUGACUUACACAACGAGUUGUUGAAAAAACCUCAGCCAGUAACAAACUUAUGCACGGAUCUGAGAUGGAAAUGGUUUGAGAAUUGUCUUGGUGCGUUAGAUGGCACAUACAUUAAGGUGAAUGUCACUGCAACCGAUCGUCCAAGGUACAGGACACAGAAGGGUGAAGUUGCGACAAAUGUACUUGGUGUUUGCAAUACAAAAGGUGAUUUCGUGUUUGUUUUAUCUGGGGGAGAAAGAUAUCAUCUUUCAAAGUGGCGAGGAGGAGGUAAUGCACCAACAACAACUCAAGAGUUCUUCAACAUAAAACAUUCGUCGGCACAGAAUGUCAUCGAAAGAGAAUUUGGGUUGUUAAAAGGUCGCUGGGCAAUUUUAAGAGGAAAGUCAUACUACCCAGUCGAUGUCCAAUGUCGAACAAUCAUGGCGUGUUGUCUGCUACACAAUCUUAUCAAUAGAGAGAUGACUAACAGUGAAAUAAUCGAUGAUUUGGAUGAGGCUGAUUCAACAUACGCUACAACUGGAGGUGACGAGAUUAAUUACAUUGAGGCUUCAAACGAAUGGAGUGAAUGGAGGGAUCAAUUGGCUCAUACGAUGUUCAGUGAUUGGGAGUUAUGUGACCAGUAG